CGUGUGUAUGCCGGCGGUCACAGUAGGCCUCCGAAGCAGUCGCAUCGAAGACGUGAACGCAUCGUCAAGGUCACGCAUUCACACACACACACACACACAAACACAUACACGAAGUCACGGUUUUUUCAGAGCCAUGGCACCUCGUCGGCACCUAGCGCAAGUUCAAGGCCUGAUCGGCGAUGAGGUCGGCAGCGGCGUAACCAGGUGUUGCGUACCCACGGGAGAGUGCCUGCGCGCCCAACAGAACAUGAACAACAACGAUCACAUGUUAAUAUCUUUGGACGAUCUCCGGGACACGGUGCGAGUCACUUGUAAUAAUGAAUUAUGCACGGCGGGCCGGUACAUGCACCGGGAGUGUUUCGAUCAGUGGGAACAAUCCGUUUUGAGUUAUUUGAAAACCUGCGGCAGAGCGCGUUCGUGGUCCGAACGGCAAAGGCACCAGAACCUUUGGACCAAGAAGGGCUACGAUUUGGCUUAUAAAGCCUGUGCGUGCAAGUGCGGACGUGGACAUCUGAAAAAGGACUUGGACUGGAUGCCUCCGCCGCCAACUAGUAACAUUUUCGGUCGGAUCGAAGAGGUCGAUACCGGUAAAAAGAAAAAGCGAAAGAAUAAAAAUAACCGGCCAUCGCUUACCAUCAGCAGCAGCCAACCCAUUGGUAACGAAGUCCGGGCCAGGACCGGCAGUUUGUCCUGUUCCAGUACCGGUUCUUCCAGCCCGCCUACGUCUGGAAGCGAGCCCAGCAUUUCACCGAUCCAUGCCCAUUCCAAAAAGAAGAGCAAAGUCGAAAUCCACGAACGAAUUCGCAUCGGAGGUGGAGCUAAUGGCAUCUUCACGAGACGUUUGGACUUCAGCUCUUUCAAUGCGUUACCAAAAAACAAAUUGAACUCCUAUCAGAUUAAGACGGAAGACGAAGGUAACCACGGCAACGACGAUACUCGGUGCUUCAUACUCUCCACUUUGGCGUCGCAGGGAAGAUCGAAGGUGCACUGCGUGCUGUGCGCCGAGCAGUUGCUGGUCUUCGACAGAUAUCCCUUGGUCGAUGGAACGUUCUUCUUGAGCCCGCGACAACACGCCUCCAGCUGCAUCGAAGUGAAGGUAGAAGGUCGUACCCAGUUUCUGACAGUAGUCUGCAUGGGUUGUUUGGACGGAGUAAACGGCCGAGCCAUCGUGUGCAGGUUCUGCAAACAGAAAUGGGACGGCUCGUCCUUGGUCCUAGGCACCAUGUACUCGUACGACAUAUUCGCGGCGAUGCCAUGUUGCACCGAACGGAUAAAAUGCAAUUCGUGCUACAAACCGGUCCUGUUGCCGAACCAACGGUUGAACUUCUUCAGCGAUUACAGUCACAUGGUGCCCUGUCCGCAUUGCCGCACGUUGGACACGCACUUCGUGAAGCCGUUGGGCUUCUGCUACGGCCGUCAGUUGUCCAGGCCGUUGCAGGUGAUGUGGCCAUAGCACGUGGCCCCCCGAGUCGUGACCAAGGACCCACCGACGCCGCCAUCGCCGCCCGAUCCGAAUCCCAUGGAUCUCGAUUUGGGUUUGUUGUGGCGCGAACUGGCGGGCCUGCGACUCGACGAGUUUUGCCGGUUACAGCUCACGCGAGCACGGUAGACUUCCCCUUAGUUUUCUUUGUUAUGUUGUUGCAUUUUUUAUUGUUCUCGGAUGGAUUUGCGAUGUCGCCGGUUUAAAGAGCACGCCGAAAUGUUAAUGGUACAUCUAAUUUCUGUAUAGGUGUAUUUAACAUAUUUUUCGUUUUUAUUUUUCAUCGACUAAUCCCACUCUCCUCCAUAGGUGUAUCUAUGAAUUAACGAUUUGCUAUUUGCAAUUUCGUUGGUUAUUGUGGAUAUUUUUAAGUAGCGAAUUUUAUUUUAAUAAUUUUAUUAGUGUCGAAAAUUAACUAACAAAAUUGGACUGACGAAUUUCGUAGCAUUCCAUGACAUUUUAGAAAAUUUUUUAACAUUUAUUUCUUCAUUCACCUACUUCUAGUUUAAUUUUACCCGGGUGAGUUUUAGAAAGUUCAAACAAUUUCGAAAAUUUCAUUCAUAUACAAUUUAAUUCCUAUCGAAUGGAGAGGUAUCUUCAUUUUUGUUGAAGGUACACUACUGUUUUAUUAGUAGGUAUACAAAUUAUUUGAAACAAAAUUGGAAUUAAUUUGAUAUUUUUUUAAUAACAUACGAAACUCGUUUCAUAAAUAGAAAAUUGAAUUCGCGACAUCGUAAAUUUAGACUGUAACUUUUUUUAUCGCAUUUAUUUUUAGGUAGGUCCAUGGUAUUUCGCGUUUCGGUUGGCCGAAUCGCGAACUUUGGGCCCUUUCCUUAGAUAUGUGUACUAUAUAAAACCGUUAUGUUAUUAGUUUAUUGUAUAUGUUUGUUAGUUUUUAGUGAAUUUAUAUUCGAAACUUGAGUCUUUUUAUAUAAAGAGAAAUUGAAAGAAUUGUGAUUAUAACGUUAUCUUUUUUAAGUUUAACUCGAAUUUUGCGACGCAAAAGCAGGUCUACGUCAGAAAAAUUUAAAGACGCUGACGAUAAAUCUAUAAAAAAAGCAAUCCCUCUUUUGUGUUUCUUUUAGGUACAUUUUUAAUGUUAGAAUUUGCACCUGUGUUGGUUUUUUACGGACUUUACUUAAAUAUUUGUAAGUAAACAGUAUAAUAAUGAUUAAAAUAACAUAAAAUUGCUGUGUCCCAAUAACUAGUGAUAGGUGUGAGAGGCGCCCGAAGUGGAGGCGUGUAUGACUGGAGUGUGAGAGUAUCCUGUUAAUCGUUAAUCAAUGUUUGUGAUGGGUUUGAGGGCAUGUACGCGUGACGACUUUACGGGCUAUUCAAUUUUCCCCAACUCAAAACCCUUUAUAUUAUUUCUUUUUUCAUCUAAAUACUUGAACAGUUGGAGAUCUGGCUUGAAUUGCGUACAGUCUUCGCACCAUGUUAGGUUUUUAUUUGGGUUAUUUUGAAGAAAUUAGUAUUCUUGUCCUGGUAUUGAUAUGUAUGCAAGGGAAUUGGUCCUUGUAGUCGUCACGUGAUUUACGGUUCAGGGACGGUCGGUCUCCCUGCAGAGAAUAGCACACACUGCCACAUCAUCAUUUAGCACCAGUUUCUAUCUUAAAUUCAGUCAGCGCAUCGACCAUCAAGGUAAACGAAUUUCAAAAAAAAAAUAAUUUAAAAUUAUUUAUUUAUUAUUUUCUAGGAGUUUUUUUUAGAAUAUACUUUAUUGUUUAGUUGAAUUUUUUUAUAUUAUUAUAAUAUUAAGUUUUUAAAUGUUUAUAUUAGUAUUUUUUUCGUAGUCUUUCAUAGUUUAGGUGCGUUUUUUUUGAAAGAUCUUUUUUUAGUAAAAGGGUUAUUUAACUAGUGAAUAAUUUUAUUUAAAUAUGUUUUGCCAAUGUGUUAUUUAUCUGUAUUUGGUUGUGUCUCUUUUAUUUCAAAUUUUAUUACACAAAGUGGUUCAAAUUUUUUUUAAAUAAAAAAUUGGAAUUUUCUCCUUUAAACAUCACUUUGAUUUUUCACUUGAAGUACACGUAAAAAUCGUUAUCAUCUUGCAAAUAUUACAGUAGAAAUGAAAUUUUAGGGGGAGAAUCAAAACAUUCGUUCGACGAAUAAAUCAUUUUGUUUCGAGUCUUUUAGCAUCGCUUUCGUUUUUGUUGUUCUGAUUUUAUGAUUGUUACAAAAACUCAAAAAUCGCGAAUAUAUUUUUGUUGGGUCUUACCUUGACUCGGAGAAAAUGACUGCAUCUAAGAUACAUUCGCUGCACCCGAAGCCUUUUCAAGAAACGGACGUACAAAGUACCACUCAGCCGCUCAGUUAUCCGCAAUUACCUCAAAACUGUAAAAAAAAUGAAUUUCUGAUAGUAACGUUAAAAUAGGAAAUAUUACGUCGAGGCGUUAUUAUCAGCUAGUGGAUUUAUUAGAAGAUCCGUCCGUUGCGAAGCGAACGUUCGAGAUAUUGAACAUUUACUGCCUAAAACUAACGAAGUAGCCGUUCGACAUUCGCUUUCAAAUUAUAUCAAUUCGACAAUAAAAUGAACGGGCGUUCGCUUUCGCAGAAGACGGAGCUUUUUUCUUCGAAAUAUAUUAACACCAAAAUCUCCGGGUAGAUUCGGUGUUGUACUUGUUUCACGAGAUGAAUGUUGUUUUUACUGAAGAUGCAUGUGGCGGAAUUAGGAAAUUGCUUCAAGUACAAACCGUUCGUUACUUUUGCAAAUUUUAUAUAAUAAAAAUAUUUAACAUAUAAUCUAUUGUUGAGGGUAAAAUAAUUCCUAUCUCCGUGUUUUUUUUUUAGCCAAAGCAUUUAGUUCGCGUUUCUUUUUAAAUCUAACUUAUAUCGACCGACUUGAUACAAAAAAAAUCUAAUGUUGCGCGUGUGUGAGCGAGCUUAAGUAAACGUAUAAGCGUAGCGUUAUCCUUUAAGUAUAGUCCUUUAGUAGUAGUUAGUAGAGUGCUGAAGGUUGCUUUUAUUUCGUUCGCUUCACAUUUCCCGCUACUAUAUCCCUUCUGUACGACUAACAUCUUACUACAUUUGCUCGUUACAGGAGUUUUAUUACUAAAAUUUUCUUAAUUGGAUAUCUACAUGCAAAUAUAGGGAAUUAUGUAUAACGAUAAUGUGCGGGGAAUGUGGUUAAAAGUGAUGUUUCUAAAUUUUGCAACGGCGAUGAGCACUCUAUUUCCUGCAUGCACCCCACUCGCUUUGCUCUAACCAGACUCUAGGAUGUAGAAAGAGACAGAAAUUAAAAUAAAACAGCUUCAUUAUAAAACGAGGCCUAAUUUGACGGUCUAAAAGUUUUCUAAUUGCGAGAGAAUCAAUCGUGUCUUUUUCUCUGAAAGAAAAUAUGUACAUAAAUUUUUCGAAAUCGAUAAAAAUAAAGUUAAGAUUAAAAAAAAAAAGCUAUUUAAGAGAGAAAGAAUUGUCGAAAGCGAUAGAAAUCCCCCCAUUUUUUUUGUCUAAUGUUGUUUAUUCGUUUCCACUUUUUUCAAAUUGGUAUUAACGAUAAUUGUAUGUCGAUUUAAUCGUAAGUCUAGUGCGUAGUCGUUUUUUACAAGGAUAAAAAUUUAAAAAAUACGAAUUUCUAGGUGUAAUCGUUUUUUGAAAAGAGGCGCGGCACCCCAAGCUGGUGCGAGGACCAAAUCGGUGGCUGCCAGAGCUCGACUCAUUCUACUACGAUUCCCGCGGGAAUUUCUUAAAUUGAUUCAAUUUUUUAGCCGGUCCUGCGUCCUCCGUCCGCGAACACGAUUCGACCACCCUAAACUACUCACCACAAAAAAGACUGCACUCUUAUCUAAAACACUCUGUAUACAGGGUGGUCUUUUUAAUCAUCUAAAUGAAUUAUUUUUUUCAAUAUAAAACAGUAUUAAUAAGCAAUAACUUAACGUGAGUAUUUUGAUCGUUUAUUCAGUACUAAAUUAUAAAUUUAGCAAUCGAAUAUAAUAGAGCAAUAAAUAAUGUGUCCUAAAGUUGGUCGAAUCGUGCGCGCGCAUAAAAAUCAUGUUGAUAAGGCUGUCGAUGCACAAUAUUUAACACACGAGGCGCAAUCAGGGUAAGGGUCGUAUCGUAGAGCACCACUAUAUGUAAUUUAGAGUAGCUUGGCUGCAAGUAGAUAAUGAUAUGUAAUUUGUGUGUGUCAUGCUUUUGUCGCUAGCGAUUUUUUCGUACAGCCUGCCGUCGAUCACGGGAGCACCGUCGAAUCGUUCGUUCGUUAAUCGUUUGGCUGGAAAUCAUCGAGAAUCGAACCCCGAGAGUUUAAUAAAUUGAAACGAUUCGCGUUGAGCGCUAAUUUCGCGUGGAAAAGCAGUAUUAAUUGGUGGUGUUUCGUUGAUUUCCGGUACUUAAUAUGUAAAAAAAUAUGAUCAAAAUUGUACAUUAAAAAUUGGCGAUAGCGUUUACCCGAAAGUAAUAAUGAAACUGAUUCAAGAAUUUUGUGAUAUAUAUUUUUAUACAUGGAGAAAUUUUUAGCGUUAGACGUAGGGACCGCCCGGAUUUCUUAACUAUUUUUUCUAAUUGGCUCAAAAAUGAAUUCGCUGACGAGAAAUAGACGGAGUGGUUCCGUCGAAGUGUGAUCGCAAAUUUCGUAUUGUUAGGGACAAAAAUUGGUGAUAAAUUUUUUAUAAAAAAAUCUAUUGGAAAACGUCGAAAAAAAUAUAUCGGAUCGAAAAUAUUUUAUACGGCAAAUAAAUGUGUAUAACGAUUGGUAGAAUUUAAGAAUUUUUCGUAGGAUUAAGGUCGUGGACGUGAUUUUUUUUAGUUAAUUACCCCGUGAUCGAACGGCGCUCUCGUUGCUUUUGCGUUUUCGUGGUCAUGGAAUUCAGAAAAAUACACUUACCCUUUGGUUUUGUAUGACUUGUGUGUGCGUGUAUAUUAAUUCGCUCAUUUCGUACAGUUUUCUUUUUGUCGACUUAAAUAUAUUUACUUAAAAAGCAAGAAGUUUCUUAAGUUUCGCGAAAAACUGUACAGAAAUUGAACUCGUUGAUUUGGAUUGGAGCGAUUUCGUUUAUACCAUGAUAUUUGCUAAGUAAUUGAGUUCCAAUUGAAAUGCUUAUUGAUUUCGCAUGAUGAAGAUGAUUCUGGAUAUUGGACUAUGUGAGUUGUAACGAUUAAAUGAAACAAAUCACUUGCUUAGCUAACUCAGAUGUAAAUUUGGUCUAGGAAUAUUUAAAUAGGUACAUUUCACUUGUGACUAAUAUUAAACAAUGAAUGCUUUAUUCUACUAAUAUUUGCAUUAAUAAGAAAAUAUAAAAUAUAUUUCCGAAAGUAAAUUUAUAGUCUAUAUUGAGAGUAUUUCAUGAAAAAUAUACAAUAAAUAUUUAUAUAGAAUUGAGUAUUGGUAGAAUAAAGUGGAAGAGUAAAAAUAAAAUAGCAAAUGCUUUAGGUUUUUGUUUUAGUAAAAGUGUUGAUCGUUAUUUCGUUAAAUUCCGUUCAGAUAUUUUCUGAAUACCAUUGGCCGAUUUUUUCCUAUCAGAGUACAAAUUUUUCAUAAUAUUAACACCUAUAAUUAUUAAUUAAUUAAUUAACAAAUUAACCAUGUUUUCGGUGUUGUAGUCUUGUGAGGAGAAUACGCUAUUUUAGCGGCCGUUGUAGAAGUUAGCCGCUAAAAUGCCCCCUCGCUGGUUUUUUCAUUAAACAUAUUAUCAUUAUGAUAUCUGACGAAGGAGACGAUGGCACGCUACCACUGAAAUUCGCACAAUAAAUAACCAAAAAUUUCUACUUAACAUAUUAUUGUUUGGGUGCAAAAUAACCAACCGGUUUAGCCAUUCUUCUAAGCAGUAAAAUAUGAGCGUUAAUCGAUGAGGUAAUAUUUGAGUAUUUCAACUCUAAUUUUAUAAAAAUUGUUUGUUGUUAAAUUUGUGCCAUUUAUUUAAAUGAUGCUCUUAAAAAAUUAUACGAUUUGCCUAUAAAAAAAGUAUCAUUUAAGAAACCACUGCUUUCGUUAUCGGUUGAAGCAUGCGUUAAAUUGAUAGAACAAUAUCGAAUUUUGGGUGGCUAGUGCGUCGUUCUCCUAAGGAAUCAUUUUAUUAUUAUUAUUAUAAUUAUUAUUAUUAUUGGAAAGUUGAAAGUUUGAGAAGGUAGUUUAUGUAUGUUUAUAGCGUACUGUAGUAGCGCGGUGAAAAAAAGGUUCAGGAAGGGGAGCAGAGGACCGUGCCUGCGCUCUGCAUUACCUGCUCUAUAGUCCCAUUUUAGUUUUAGGGCCGGUAUUACUUUAGCAGAGCGAGGAGCAGGUCAAUUGUUUUAUCGAUACGAUAUCGCUGUUGUUUUUCUUACUCAGGGCAGCCAGCGGACCCGCGCGGACAUCCAUACGCAACGAUAAUUGACAUUCCAAAAACGAAAAGUGCAUUGUAAAUUACGAAUUGGGCGCAUAAAUCUCGGUCGAAACCCUUUGUCGUUCCGUCGUUAACCCAUGUAAAAUUUAACAACCCCCGAAUCGCGCGUAACCGACCAUAAAUUUCGCUAAACGUUAGCGCACAACUCAUAAACAUAAAUUUUAAUUUCCAAUAUAUUUAAUGGAUUUCGGCAAGGGUCCAAGAACGUUACAAAUCAUAUGGUGAUUACUGAUUGAGUACAAAUGCUGCUCCCCUAUCCCGCACCGAUUUUAUUAUUAUUAUCAUUAUGAUUAUUAUUGAUAAUUAAAUCAGAGUUUAGCAAUUGAGCAAUAUCAUCAGAGGUUUAUGUAUUUUUUAGUUUUUUCGUUUCGUUCGGUUUUCGAUGAGCCUCGACUUCGUUUCGAUUAACAUUGUAUCAAACUUGUAACAAUUACUAACAAAUUUUCUAUAUUUUAAAUCCAUUCAACUCUACUAUUUGUUGAAAUAAUCCUAAUUUACAUUCCUUAAAAACUAUCUCCUAAUCUUAGAAAAAGUCUACUAAAUUGUACUUUGUCGAAAAAGGAUUAUGCCUUAACAUUUACUUAAGCUUUGGGUUGAAAUAAAUAUAUAAAGUUUACCAUAAAUAAAUAAUGUUGCGAUCAAAUAAAAGCAAUAAUUUUUGUUUUUACAUCAUAUCGAAAUGAACGUUGCGGUUGCAUCUCAACUACAAUUCCGGUGGAAUUUGUGCACAACGACGACUCGAAAGCAAUAUGUGCCAUAAAAAGGAUUAAUACCAAAUAAAAAAGUCGAUGCGCGCAAAUUCAGUCGGGACAAUUUCAUCAAAUUUAUUCUUACUAAAACAAUGUAUUUAUAAAAAAAACUACUAGAGUACCUAUUAAGGAGGAAAUGAUUUGUUAAAACGCCAGGAACUUCCAUAAGGUUUAUUGAAGGUUUUGAUAUUGAUUUCGUUAAUAUUCUGCGACCUUCAAUGAACGAACUUAGAUUUGUAAAUUAUCUAUUUGUAACUUUAGGCUAAACGCCACAUCGAAUUCGUUCAAUCUCUCAAACAACUUCAAUCAGAAUUUUAUACUAAAUGUAUAGCGCAUUUUGCCCGGAUUGGUCUGAAAGAACCGUUUUCGGUUUCGUGAAAUUGUAUUUAUUCAAUUCGAACGCAGAUUGGACGACGUCGACAGGGUAUUGAGUAUGUGGAGAUGUUUUUAUAUGCGUGAAAAAUUUGAUAUCAAUAUAAUAUAUGAAAUGAUCGAGCUUUUGACGGCUUUUUAUAUAUGUAAUACAAUGGGAUUUACAAAGUUUUAAGACGUAAUAAGUAUAACCAUUGUCUAAAAA